CGACCAGCUGCGAAAUUGGUGCCACAAAGACAACUUCAAAGAAUUGUAAAUCUGGGAGAGAUGAGGAAAUUUCGAUGCUUGCCUUAAGUUUGUAUAUGUUCAUGGACUUUCAGCCAUUUGGGUUUCCCAUUGGUAAAGCUAUUGCAAUGGAGAGAGUUGUGAGCGGUCUGAAUAACAGCAAGGACCGCCUGUGAUUAUCACAGUUAAG